GAAGAAGCAGUUCCGGGUAGCAGGUGACAGGUUGAUGUUUUGCUGUGGGUCAAAUCAAUCAGGGACGAGAAUUCCUCCUUUUAAUCAUAAACACCGUUGAUUUACCGGGAGGUGGAUGCGUUCAGUUUGAGGAUUCCUGAUUCCCGUUACCGGAGCUCAGUCUCGGUCCUCCCGCUCUUUGUCGCGCACCGACCCUCUGAUGGCCUCCAAGCGGCCGGACAGCUUCGACGGGCUCGGCUUCCGUGGCCGCGAUGACCCGCUGUACGGAGCGGGCUACCCGGUGAGGAGCGCAGGAGGCCCCGCGGAGCUUCAGCACCACCACUGGGUCACCACGCCUCCGGACAUCCCGGGGAGCCGCAACCUGCACCACGGAGAGCGGACACCUCAGUACGACGAGUCGCUGGGGGAGCCCGGAGCUCCGGGGGCUGCAGCGGGCUGGGACGGUCCUCAGCCAGGGGUACCUCCCGCAGAGCAGCUGAAUCGAUUCGCAGGCUUUGGAAUCGGACUCGUCAGCCUGUUCACGGAGAACGUCCUUGCUCACCCCUGUAUCGUCUUCCGCAGACAGUGUCAGGUGAACUACCACGCCCGCUGUUACCACCUGACUCCGUUCAGCGCCGUCGCCGUCAUGUACUCCAUCACUAAAGCUCAGGGUCCGAAGUCUCUGUGGAAGGGGAUGGGCAGCACCUUCAUUGUUCACGGGAUCUCACUGGGUGCUGAAGGCAUCAUCAGCGAAUUAACACCGUUACCACGGGAGCUUCCUCACAGGUGGAGCUGGAAACAGCUGUCUGGACAUUUACUGCUGAAAGGGUUGACCGCUGUGGUGGCUCUUCCUUUUUACUGUGCCAGCCUGAUCGAGACGGUCCAGAGCGAGAUCGUGCGGGAUGAUGCGUCCUCUGGGCUGCUUGAUUGUCUCCGUGAAGGUUUGACUCGUUUGUUUGCCGUUGGAGCUCCUCACAGCCGCCGUCUACUUCCUCUCAGCUCUCUGCUACUUCCUGCCGCGCUGCACGCCAUCCUGCGUUACGCCAUAGCUGCCUCUGUCCAGCGGGUGGCACUGUGGCUCCAUCAGCGAGGACGGAAGCAGCGAGCAGACCCUUCCAACCCACUGGAUGCAUACUUCCCAGAGUUGGCGGCCGCAUGGGCGGGGUCACUGGUGGCGGACAUCAUGCUGUUUCCUCUGGAGACAGCGCUGCACCGCCUCGGCCUGCAGGGAACGCGCACCAUCAUUGAUGCCACAGACGGCGUGGUCGCUGUGGGAAGUGGUGGCAGCCCACUGGUGCUGCCUGUCAACACGCAGUACGAUGGCUUCUCCGAGUGCCUCCAUGCCAUCCGCCGCAAGGAGGGCGUGGUCGGCUUUUACCGAGGCUUUGGCGCACUGGCGGCCCAGUACGCGUUGCACGGUGCGCUGCUCGCUGCUGCCAGGACGCUGCUGAGGCUGCUGCUGCUGGAAGGGAGGGGCUGCUAGAGACAUUACCAUGGAGACACAGCAUCACAGAUGGCAAGUUCCCACUCCAGAUGCCAUCACCAUGACAACCAAACACCCUGUCAGGUUGUCAGCAACAACAAAAACAUUUAUUUAUAUAAACAUGGAAAAUAUACAAAAUAAAAGAAAAAUGUUCAAUAAUCUCUCAAAAAUAUAAACAGACAGCUGGACCAGAUCAUGUGAUUUUUACCCACACACACCAUCACCAUAGCAACCACUUAGUGAUGCCAUCAACCUCCCUGGAGUACCAUAGCAACCAAAGAGUAGCCAAUUUGUGCUGCCAAAGCAACCAGGAAGCGUUUAAACUCCACAGAACAAAGAUACAGGUCAUGUUUAGCCUAGCUUAGCAUCAAGACUGAGAGAAGAAGGGAACCUGUUAGCCUAGCUUAGCAUCAAGACUGAGAGAAGAA